CAGCUGGGAUGGGAAGCAGGGUCCGGUGAAGGACGUCUACAGUCUGGCCAACAACCCGCAGUACAAGCUGGAGGUUCAGUGCCCAGCAGGGGGCGCUGCUGUGUGGGUGCUGCUCACCAGACACAUCACUGACAAGGAUGAUUUUGCACAAAACAGAGAGUUCAUCACUCUGGUUGUUUACAAAACCGAAGGGAAGAAGGUUUACUACCCAGCGGACCCCCCUCCCUACAUCGACGGUAUCCGGAUCAACAGUCCGCACUAUCUGACCAAGAUGAGGCUGACCAGCGCCGGCACACACACCUUCACGCUGGUGGUGUCCCAGUAUGAGAAGCAGAACACCAUCAACUACACACUGCGGGUCAGACACACUUUCAUCAGCUUCUAUCUCCAGAUCUAGGAAUAGAGCUUGACGUAACGUGUUUAAUGUUCACAUGGUUACGUGUGGAACCACUUUAAUGUUCACAUGGUUACGUGUGGAACCACUUUAAUGUUCACAUGGUUACGUGUGGAACCACUUUAAUGUUCACAUGGUUACGUGUGGAAACACUUUAUACUGAGACUGAACUGCAUCCAUUGGAUUAGUGUAGAAGGAAGAACCAAUGAAAAUGUGUUUAUACAAUUUAGAAAGAUAGUCGUGUAAUGUAGACACAACACAAACAUUACUGUAUCAAAUAGUCAAUAUA